AUGAUUCCAGGGCUUCCUCCGGCGUUUGAUGUGGAAUGCAACCGCAUGGAAGAUGUGUUUGCGUCGGUAAAAAGCCGCACCGUCGGGAAGGAUGGCAAUCUACUUUCGCCGGAAGAAUCGUGGGUGCUGCGGGAGUUGCAGUACUAUGAGAAUCUGUACACGGAACAGCAGGAACUUACGGUGUGUCUUGUCACGUUCAACGUUGCGUGCAAGAAACCACCUGCAAAUUUGGCCGCCCUCAUUUCACUUAAAAUGGCGGAGGACACAAACAGGCCCGUGGACCUCAUAAUGGUCAGCCUUCAGGAAGUUGACAUGAGCGCCUCUGCCAUGUUAAAGGAGGAAACGGAAGCAUCUACACCAUGGGUCGUGGGACUCCACGCCGCCGUGGGCGCAGAUUCUCGGUCACCAAGCAACACCCCAUAUUAUGCCUUUCCACCCAAGCAACUUGUUGGCCUCUUAUUAUGUGUCUACCUACGACGCCAACUUCUCCCCUACAUGCAGGAGAUGUCUGUUGCGACUGUUGCGACAGGAGCGCUGGGUAGCAUGGGAAAUAAAGGUGCUAUUGGUCUUCGUCUUGUGCUACACCGCACCAGCCUGUGUCUUAUAAAUGUUCACUUAGCUGCUGGUCAGAGUAAUGUGGUGAAACGUAAUGCAGAUGCAAGUAGCAUAUUUACCGGUAUGGAUUUUAAUGUGCAAAAACGACAGGCGUUAAUUGCUUCCGUAGAGGACGGGUA